AUUGCGAUUGAGAAAGACGAUCGAUCGAGGUGCGAGCGCGAGGCCCUCGAUUCUUGAUUGAUCUUCAUUCGGUCGCAGCAGUCAAGAGUCUGAGUGAUGCGCGAAGCAAUAAGCUGAACGUCCCGCCCCGCUCGCUCGGCCCGGCCCGGCUCGCUCAACAAAUGGAGAGUCUCCGCCAUGCCCCUCGCCCGCGAGGAUUCGCGAUUCUAAUGAAUCGCACGCGGCGUGAACGUCGAGGUGGUCGGACGCUGUGUGUAGCCAAGUGUUUGCUCAAUGGUGCUGACUACAGACGAGCUCCAUUCUCCUUCCAACCACCCACAUCUUGUGCAAAUUCCUCGCAGUCGACAACUCCUGGCACACCUCUUGACACCAGCUUCCCUUGCACUGACGCUUCGUUCCACUGCAUUUCACGAUCGCCCCCCUCCCUAAGGGCCUCCCACAGUCACAAUGCCUUCGUCAAAAGAAAAGCAAGCGGCUUGGAUCGCAGCAAACCGAGACUAUCUGAUCACGCGGCUGAAUGCUGAUAGUCAUCGGCCAUACUUUCCACAGCAUGCAGACGGGAGUGUGGCGAAAGAGCUGGGAGAAAUGACGUACGAAGAAGUGGCCAGGCGCUUGUUGCAGCUCACCUACCUGUCAGGCCGAGGCUGGAUAGAUUCAUCUUGGCGCCUACUCAUGGGCGAUUGGUUGCGCAGGACCGAGGAACGCUUCGUCAAGGUGGAUCCUGGCACGAGCGCUCCAAAGACUUCUGCCAUACAAUCAUACAUCGAAUUGGACGAGGGCACGCCGGCGUUGGACAGAUUCUUCGAUGCCUACCCAAGGGCCAAAAGGGCAAUCCUGGCUGCUGAAGAUGUCAGCUUGUUCAUCGAAAUGUGCAGGCGAAGGGGAACCAAGCCUGUGCCAUUCAUUCCUAUUCUCGACUCUGAUCUCAAGACGUGGUUCAAGAAAGACUCGCUCUGGCAGAGCGAAGACCUGGAUGCCGUGGUUGAUCGUGAUCCUCAAAGAGUGUUCAUCCUGCAAGGACCAGUGGCUGCUCGCCACUCCACCAAGGCUAACGUUCCCAUCAAGGAGAUGCUAGGCGAUGUGGAGCAAGGCCUCAUAACGAGAAUGCUGCAACGGUACUAUGACGGCGACGAGAGCAAGGUACCCUCCGUGGACUAUUUGGGUCCUCAGCCUCCAGCUCUCAACACUGCUGCUUUGCUCAAGCAACACGACAUCAAGGCGACCCAGGGCGCCGACGGUCGCUCCAUGACGUAUCAGCUAGGGUCGAAUCUUCCCCCGUCAGAUGACUGGCUGGAGUUGCUUGCUGGCCGCUCCGCUGGAUGGUUCAGAGCUCUGCUGCGGAGCGUCAGCAUCGUGCAGGGCAAAAGCUACGCGGACAAUCCGAUUUCGCGCAUCCUUGCACCUCGCAAGAAUCAGCAGGUCGAGAUCACGAUGGAUCCAGUCUCUGGCAGGCCACUUGGACUGAUAGCGCGAGGAGCCGCCCGCUCGUACGGGCCCCACGACCCAAGCUUUAAGAGUGUUGAAGUCUCUCGAGACGCCGACUUGAUCAAGGUCUUCAUUUUUGAGCAAGUGAAGGGAAAGAGCGUACCUCUGGAGCUUCAAUUCCGCUACGUCCCAUCACAAGCAUUUGCGCCAAUCCACGAAAUUAUGGCGGGACGCAACGAGCGCAUCAAGACCAUGUACCGGGGCGUCUGGGGUCUUGCUCCACGCGCAGCAUCGCAAGCGGCGCAAGAGGUCUACACUUCUGAGCCUCAGCUGCUCGACGCGCAACUCGUUUCAACGUUUUGCCGCGUCGUUGGCCUUAAUAAUACUGCUUACCACGAGCAAGUCAGUGCUCCUCUUGAUGCGGCCAUCAUCAUCGGAUGGGCGCCCAUCAUGGAGGCUGCCAUGUCCGUGGACGCCGACUUGCUGCGACUUGUGCACCUCAGCAACAGCUUCAAGCGCCACGCUGGAGCAGACGUGCUGCGCAUCGGAGAAAAGUACACUUCGAGCGCAUACGUCAGUUCGAUUCGCAUCACGCCCACCGGCAAGUCGGUCAGCGUGCUCGGCACGGUCUCGUUGCAGGACAAGGCGACGGGUACGUUGCACCCAAUCGUCGAUGUCGAGAGCUCGUUUUUCUUUCGCGGAGCAUUUACAGACUUUGGCACGACGUUUGAGAAGAGCGAAGAGCGCUACAUUGUCGAAAUCAAGUCGGCAUCGGAUGCCGCCGUCUUGCAGAGCAAGGAGUGGUUCACUUGGACCGGCACCACUCCACUCAAAGCUGGACUCAAGCUGGAGCUGCAUGUCAAGUCGGACGUCAAGUUUGGCAACGACGCGUCUUCCUUCCAGGAGGUCGAGGUCGAAGGAGGCGCAUACAUUCGCGACAUUGUCGACGGCAAACUGAUUUCCGUGGGUGGGAUCGAAUACAUUGCAGAGGGCAAGAGCUACGGCAAUCCUGUCGUCGAAUACAUUAAGCGGCUGGGAGGCAGCACGCUCGGUCCUGUUCCCUUGGAAGGCGGUGGAUACUCGCUUCUAGUCGGCGCCGAGUCAUCGACGUUUGUUGCGCCCGCUACCAACGCGCCGUAUUCGGCUGCCAGCGGCGAUUACAAUCCCAUCCACACCAAUCCCUACUUUUCCGACUUUGCCGGGCUUCCUGGUACGAUUACCCACGGCAUGCAUUCUUCGGCAGCUGUUCGACGAAUCACGGAGGAAGUGGCAGCAGAAGGGCACCCGGAACGUUUCCGUUCCUACUCGGCCAACUUUACCGGCAUGGUCCUGCCUGGCGACACCCUCGAGGUCAGCUUGCGCCACAUUGCCAUGCACGAUGGCCGCAAGAUUGUCAAGGUGUCGGCCGUCAAUCAACGCGGAGAGAGCGUGCUAGAGGGUGAAGCGAUGAUGGACCAACCUCCUACGGUGUACACUUUUACGGGCCAAGGAUCGCAAGCCGUCGGAAUGGGCAUGGAUCUGUACGACAGCUCGCCCGUCGCCAAACAGAUUUGGGACAGGGCAGAGCGCCACCUACAGACCACCAUGGGCAUCAGCGUUCUGGACAUUGUCAGACACAAUCCCAAAUCGCACACUUGCCAUUUCGGAGGCGUGGCCGGCGCCCGAAUUCGAUCGCAAUUCAUGGGCAUGUCCUUUGAGGGACCAGAGGGGAUCAGCAGACCCCUGUUUCCGGAGAUUACAAACACGAGCACUAGUUAUACCUUUGACUCUCCUGAUGGGCUCCUCUUCAUGACUUCCUUUGCGCAGAUCAGCAUUGUGCUGGUCGAAGUGUGCGCCUUCAACGACAUGAAGUCGCGGGGACUCAUUGAUCCCGAGGCGCCAUUUGCUGGGCAUUCGCUGGGCGAAUACGGCAGUCUUGCAGCAGGAGGCUGUCUGUCCAUCGAGGACCUGUGCGACGUCUGCUUGCGUCGAGGUCUGACGAUGGAAAGAGCCGUGGCGCGCGACGAGCAUGGUCGAACAGAUUAUGGACUGAUGGCCGUCGCGCCUGCACGCAUCGGCCUCACCGACGAGCUCUUUGCCCACAUCGUUGGCGAGAUUGACGGAUUCAACGGAAGCUUUGUCCAGGCUAUCAAUUACAAUGUCGCCACGCUCCAGACCGUCGUUGCGGGUAACCUGAAGGGCUUGCAGACACUCACGCAUACUCUCAACGGCAUCGCCGCCGCUCUCAAGUAGGCGACCGCGCGCUCCUCUCUUUUGUCGUUCCCCCAUCGUUAGGUCACCCGUAUGUCCACAUUGCGCAUGAUUACAAUAGAUAGAUGGUUGUGAGCAGG